AUGAACACCACGCACGAGGGUGUGCAGAUGGGCAGCCACAGCAUACCUGUAGACAUUGCACGCCUUUUUGGAGGAUCCAAACGGCACACUGGCCUUGACAGCUUCCCCUUGAUGGGCACAGUCAGCUUUGAAACUGUGUCUGCACACAUCUUUGAGAAGACGGCUUGGGACAAUGUUGCAGAGCAAUGGGCAAUCCCCGAGGAUCCAGACUCGCAGUUCCGUUUGCGCCACUUCGUACUGCAGGUGGAAACGGUUAGCAAUCUUGCCUUCGGUAUCAAAGCUGGGGACAGGGGAGAACUCUUUAUCUUCAUAUCUGAGCACACUGGGGCCAGUAUUGUCCCGAUGACAGAUGACGACUUCCAGAAGUACGAGGAAAUCUACACCAAAACCCGUGGUAUGAUGAAGCAGCGCCAAAAGUGCAUUGACUGCGUCUUGUCAGCGAUGGGAGCCACGGCGCCAUCUGGCAGUGUUAAGGUCAGGGUUGCUUUGUCAGGUGGAGGCACAGUCAUACUUGCCAUUCAGCUUGGUUUGCAGCAUUGA